CAGCGCCGGAACCCCCAACAACUAUAUAGCUCUCCCUCUUUCUCACACUUCCACAAUUCUAAUCACAAUCUUCUUUCUCCAAUUUCCUCUCUCACAUCACGUCACAUCACAUAUAACCAUCUUCUUCUUUGAAACCUUAAAUUGUGCUCAAAAAUACUAUAUAGUUAAUUAAGGUUGUGUGAAAAUGCGAAUGAGUUGUAACGGAUGUCGUGUUCUGCGCAAAGGGUGUAGCGAAGAUUGUAGUAUAAGACCGUGUUUGCAAUGGAUCAAGAACCCGGAGUCACAAGCUAAUGCAACUGUUUUUCUUGCCAAGUUCUAUGGUCGUGCUGGCCUCAUGAACCUCAUCAACGCUGGUCCUGAAAACCUUCGUCCUGCCAUUUUUCGAUCCUUGUUAUACGAAGCAUGUGGUCGAAUUGUGAACCCAAUUUAUGGUUCGGUGGGUUUGCUAUGGUCCGGGAGCUGGCAGCUAUGUCAAGCCGCCGUGGAAGCCAUUUUGAAAGGCGAGCCGAUCACGCCGAUAACAUCCGAAGCCGCGGCUAAUGGGCGGGCCCCACCACUCAAGGCCUACGACAUACGCCAUGUGUCAAAAGACGAGAACUCGGCAAACGAAACUCCAAAGGCCAAGACCCGGUCCCGGUUCAACCGAACCGGUAGCACACUCAUUAAACCAAAGGCUAGCAAGGGAACCCCAACUGGGUUCGUUCCGAUUGAACCGGUUGAACCGGAGACGGCAAACCGGACCACAAGCCACGAGUCGGGGCUGAGCCACUUGUCGGAAGCCGCCGUGAUGGUGGAGGGAGAAAGCAAAGAAAGCGAAAGCGAUGUGUCAGUGGAAACUUCGAAUCUAUUUCACGAAGAACCGGAGUCGGUUGCGAAGACGAGUGAUCGAACCGGUGAAAGUGGUAAUGAAAUCGGCUUGGAAUUGACGCUCGGGUUUGAACCGGUCUCACGUGUGCAUCACGUGGUUCCAAUGAAGAAGAGAAAGAUAAUUGCGUCGAAGAGUUAUGGUGACUCGGCUGAGAAAGACUCGUGUAAGAUGGAGCUGGGGCUUGAGUACCCGGCUUGAAUAAUGGCUCGCUUGGAUUUGGCUUAACCGGCUUUAUUCUCUAGAAACUUGUAGGUGAGAUGAGAAAUUUAGAAGCAGUUGUUGUUAUUAUGCUUCUUUUUUUUUUUUUUAAAUUUUUUUUUACAACUUGGGUUAAUCUUUGUGAAUGCGGUGUUGUACAAACAUGGUUGAUAUCAAAAUAUGUAGAGAUAAAAAGAAAUUAGAGAAUUACAAGUAUUUAUUGCAAAUGAAAUGAUUCUGGCUGAA